CACAAAUCCAAUGUCACUUCACUUUCCAAUCGUCAAGAAGAAACAAUGUGAAAGUCAUUUCACUUCAACUGUGCCAAAAUGAAGACCAAAAUUCGCCUCCUCCAAACUCCACUGACUCGUCAAAUUUUUGUAGCCACCGGUCCUUUACUCUCCACGAUCAGCCUCGGAAUGACUUCGGGAUAUUCCGCUGUGCUUUUACCCCAACUCCAAAACAGCACUUUAGUGACAAAUCAAAAUGACGCUUCUUGGAUUGCAUCAAUGGCGGCGUUGCCGAUGGCGUUUGGGUGCAUCCUGGGGGGGUUUUUAAUGGAGACUUUGGGUCGCAAAACGACCCAAAUUUUGACCCAAAUCCCCUCAUUGACAUUCGUGGCGUUGGGCCCCAUCCUCAUCACCACCUCCUUGGGCAUGACCGAAGGCUUCUCCGCCAUCCUCCUCCCCCAACUCAACUCCACGACCCUCCAAAUCGACGCGGAAACCUCCUCAUGGAUCGCCUCCAUGGCGGCCUUACCCAUGGCCUUCGGUUGCAUCCUCGGCGGCAUCCUCAUGGAGAAAAUCGGCCGACGAGCCACCCACAUGCUCACUUGCCUCCCCUGCAUCAUCGGCUGGCUCAUCCUCUACUGCGCCUCCUCCAUCACCAUGAUCCUCAUGGGGCGCUUCCUCACCGGCUUCUGCGUCGGCCUUUUGGGCCCCCCGACGGGCGUCUACAUGAGCGAAACGUCCGAACCCAAAUUCCGGGGGUUCCUCCUCGCCUCCAUCAGUUUUGCCAUCGCUCUGGGACUGUUUUUGUCCCAUUUGAUUGGGACUUUCGUCAAUUGGCAAGACACAGCCUUGACUUGUUGCAGCUUUCCGGUGGUUUGCCUCGUUUUCAUGGCUUUUGCCCCCGAAAGCCCCACGUGGUUGGCCAAAAUGGGGCGUGUUGAGGAGGCCAAAAGGGCCUUCGAGUGGUGCAGAGGCCAAUCAGAGGAGGCCACGAAGGAAUUGCAAGUUUUACUCACCCGACAAGUGGAAUUAAACCACGAGGAAAAAAAAAGUUUUUUCAACACACUAAAAACCCUAAAUAAACCCGAAUUUACCAAACCAUUGGUCAUAAUCGUGGUUUUUUUCGUCACGUGUCAAUGGGCGGGUCUUAACGCAAUCACAUUUUACUCAGUUUCCAUAAUUCAGGAGACUUUGGGUGGAAAUUUCGAUGAGUAUCUCGCAAUGUUGAUCAUUGACACAAUUCGGGUUUUUAUGUCGGUUUUUGCGUGCGUCCUUUUGAAAAAAUUAGGACGUCGUCCUUUGGCCAUCAUUAGUGGGAUUGGGACUUUUGUCUCGCUUUUCAUUUUGAGUUCUUUCAUAUUUGCUGUGAGAUUUUAUCCAGGUAUUUCGGGGUACACUUUCAUUCCGUUGGUUGCACUCGUCACUUAUGUCAGUUUUAUUACCAUUGGGUUUGUGCCGUUGCCGUGGACCAUGAUGGGUGAGGUCUUCCCGUUGGCUCAUAGAGGGAUUGGAAGCGGGAUUUCGGCCCUAAUGGCAUAUUUGGCCUUUUUUUCGGUGGUUAAAACCACACCAACUAUGAUUCUGCAGUUUGGACUCGAGGGGACGUUUUUUGUUUAUGGAAUGUUGGCAAUGGUGGGGACCAUCGUUUUGAUCUUGUUUCUACCGGAGACGAAAGACAAGGCCUUGUACCAAAUCGAGGAUCAUUUUAAAAUUGAUUGUAAAUAAAAUAAAAUUCUUAA